AUGAUAGCAGCUUUAAGUUUGGUAUCCCCUGCAUUUCUUGUUCCUCGUGAAGUUAUUAGGAAAUGUUAUGUGCUAAAACCUGCAACCCAGUUUCAACCUCUGCCUGGUUCAACCCUUCCAUUCUCCUCUCCAGAACCUUCAUUGCUUCGCUCCUCAACCCGUCGCCGCUCUCCCUCACCCACCGAGCUCCUCGUCUACGGCGUCGAUGCCAGCGAGGUCGUACUCGUCGCAGAGGCUCAGGAUCUCGGAGUGGAACUGCGCGGCCUUGGCGAGGUCGAGCUUAUCCGGAUCGGCGGCUGCCAUGAGGUCUUGGAGCUUCUUGGAGAGGCGGAGGGCGCGGACGAAGUGCUGGAGAAGCUCAGUGGUUCGGUGGAGGUUGGAGAGCUGGGAGGUCAGUCCUGCCAUAUCAAUGCCUCAGGGAGCAAUCAGUUUCGUUCUGAUCUCAGCAACACUACAACAAGCAACAAUACUAAUACCAGCUCAUCCCUUUGGGACUCUGAGAAUAGCCAGAUUAUAAGAGAUCAAGAUGAGUUUCCUUGUGGGCGGAUAUUGGAUGUUGCAAACUUGAGAGUGUUUACCUUGGCAGAAAUGAAGGCAGCCACUAAGAAUUUCAGUUCUAACACUGUGUUAGGAGAGGGAGGUUUUGGUACAGUGUACAAGGGUUAUAUUAAGGACAAAACAACUACAAACAGAGGUCAUGGAUUGACUAUUGCUGUCAAGAAAUUGAAUCCUAAAAGUUCUCAAGGACUUAAAGAAUGGCAGACAGAGGUGAAUUUCUUAGGAAGGCUUUCUCAUCCCUACCUUGUGAAGUUGUUGGGUUUCGGGGGAGAGGACAGUGAGUUGUUCCUGGUGUAUGAAUUCUUGCACCGGGGUAGCUUGGAUAACCACCUAUUUGGAAGAAGUGCAAAUGUUCGUCAACUUUCAUGGGACACAAGGCUAAAAGUUAUGCUUGAAGCAGCCAGAGGUCUUGCUUUUCUGCACUCCUUAGAGAAGAAUAUUAUACACAGAGACCUCAAGACUUCAAAUAUAUUACUUGAUAAGAAAUAUACUGUUAGAAGUCCCACAUUGGCUAGAGAUAGAGCAUAGAUAGCCUUUAUAAGGGUUGUGCAAACCUCAACUCUUGAGCUAGCUUUUGUGGUUGAGUAUAGGCCUCCCAAUUUCUAAUAUGGUAUCAGAGCCUAUCCUAGAUCCAUUUGUUGUUUGUUGUGGAGACCUCCCGUAUAUGGGGCACCAGUUGUUGUUGAUCCCACGUUUCAGGUUGUUCAGUCCUGGACGUGAGGGGGUGUGUUAGAAGUCUCACAUUGGCAACUCUUGAGCUAGCUAUAGGCCUCCCAAUUUCUAAUAUAUACAGCCAAGUUAUCAGACUUUGGCUUAGCCAAAUACGGUCCUCCUUCAGAUCAAAGUCACGUAACAACCCAGGUUACGGGAACACAAGGCCGUGCUGCUCCAGAGUACAUUGCAACAGGAUUCUUUUGACGGAGAAUCGGAGAUGCUAACUAGUGAGCGGAUACGUGACAUAUUGCACCUUUGUCAGCAUAAGUCCUUAUUGGAUUGGCUCAAACCAAAUCUACUAAAUAGAAGGAAAAUGAGAAUCACUAUGGAUGCAACGUUGAGAGGUAAGUAUCCACCCAACAUAGCUUCACAAGUAGCCCAAUUAACUCUCAAGUGCAUCCAAACAGACCCCAAAAUCAGACCAUCAAUGAAAGAAGUUGUUGAAACAUUGGAAAAAAUUGAAGGAGGCAAUGAGAAACCAGCUGAUAACAGAAACCAUGCCACUCAUUCUCAGGCUAAAGCUGCUUGUUCUAGUGCACUAGUUGAUUACAGUACCACGGAACAUGUUUAGAGUGAUAUCUGCCUGUAUCAUAUGUCUGAUAUCUGAACCUGUGACAUGCAACUUUUAUAUACAGCACAUUCUUAAAUAAUGUGGAUUUGGAUUGGUAAUAUAAUAGCAAAAAUUGUUUGCUUGGAUCACACCUAAAAGAGCAGUAUAAAUUGAAAUUACGGCUGCAUUGCGAGAUUGCAGACAAUGCAGGUUGA